AUGGCUGAUUCUCGAUCUAUUGCUUCUUCGCGUCACUCCCGCCUCGCGUCACUCAACGUCAAGUACCCUGUAGAGGUCGACGACGGCAAUACAUUCAACACCAAGAAGGUUGAUAUCUGGGACAACGCCAGCUACAACCCUUCACUGAAUCGUAAAUCACACAAAUCCACAUCUUCCUACGCCGACGUCAUGAACAAAAUGAUUCCCCUUGUCGACAAAUCCUCGAAAGUCAACGUCAAAACUUCCGACGUUCAUCGCUGGUGCGCGUUGACCCUGGCCCCUUGGAAAGACGAGGAUGGGAUGACUCAGUGGUGCGGCGUCCAAGGUGCCCAUCUGAUUUCUCAGUCGACAGGUCCGGAAGAGAAUCGCAAUAUCGAGAGAGCAUGGGGGCUUAACAUAGGAGACUUGAACCUGGACUGCCCUCAGAACAUUAUUCCUCUCCGCGCCGACUGGCACGCGUCUUUCGACGGUCACGAUCUGUGCAUUCUUCCUCAUAAUGAUAUAAUGAGGAAGAUAUUUUUGCGACUUGAUGAGCAUGUAGGCAACCCUAAGGAAGCGGGAAAGGCCGUGCCGUGGUUGAACUCGGUAUGGAAAGGGGAUCUGAACCUCGCUUUACAUCGCUACAAGUUUAUCCCUGUCGGCAAACGUAGCAAGACAGUACCCCUGAUUCGACGCCGAUUCGAACCUGGCAAAGAGUAUAAGGAACUCGUGCCCAACGUCUGCGACUUUUUCCGCCCGCCGAACUUUGACGACUAUCCGGAGAUUCACUCUCUAGCCCAUCCUUACGCCGUCAUAUGGAAAGCUGUCAAAGAUUUCGGCAAUAUGAACGAAGAAGAUUUCGUUUCGGAUCGACAUUGGGGCAUGAUGCAGAUGGCGAGCAAUAUCGUCCAGCGUUGGAACACUAUUAUCAAGAAAGAUAAUCUCGCCAAGGCCCGCGCAAGGUCCCCCCCUCCCCAACCGGACGCUGAGGGCGACAGCAACGAUCACCCUGGGUCGCCUGGGCCGUCUCCGUCAACCGACGGCAGCUCGACUUCGCCGAGUGCGGGAGGCAGCCCCGGCGCAGGCUAUUCGACCGGUGCUCCAUCAGGCUAUCGUCGACCUGCCGGGAUCCCCUCGGAGGUGUCGUAUACCAACAACCAGCCGUCUCUCUGCUUUAGUUCAAGUAGAUCCCAGUCUGCUGAGGCUGAGCUCGUCUCUGAAGAAGACCAGUCCGACGAGGAAUCGGAAGACGAAGAUGAUCGCCCGGCCGCUCUCGCUCCCUACGAGCCUCAAGACAUCGACAAAUGGGCCGUUGAUUCGCGAUCUGUCGACGUUGGCGGUCUAGAUGACUCCUUCAUCGACUUACUUUCUCCGUCUGUAAAACCGACUUCAGCACCUACGGAUUAUGACGAGGAGCCUGCGGAAGUCCCUGAUGGAGAUUGGGAGGACUGGCAACCCGACUUCGCUAAACGGUUGGGUGAACACCGCUUCAGCGCGUUGGGCGUCUCGAGGGACGAAAGCAAACCUCGUUUCAAGGUUAGGGUCUCGUCGAAGAUCUGCACAAAGAUUUUCUACUCUCGGGACUUGACUCGACCCAUAACGCUCUUGAUAGCGGAUUAUAUCUGCGCUGUAGAACAACUUGUUCUAACCCAUCGAACUUAUAUCUGUGUAUAUCUCGCGAACCAAGAUACGCUUAGCCGCAUACUCAUCCUGAAAACUGUGGUUGCCACAUCAAUCAACCUACAGGCAACGAUGCUCGUCCUUCCGGGAUCAUCUGUCCUGUCCGCCACAAGGCGCGACAUUCUUCUCUCCAAUCUUCAACGUGCCAAUCCAUCUGUUCAGUCAGUAGACGUAGUCUGGAUACACCUUGUUAGCCCCACCUCCGUCCAAGCCGAAUCCGGUCUCUCCAACCCUACCUCUCCUAUCCGUCCUGUCCUUGACCGUCUCCUUGCAUACGGCGACAACCUCCAGCUUCCUGGAACCGUCGAGUCUUUGCAGAAUCCUUCCGGAAAUGUCAUCUAUGUCGUUCCUCGUCCAGGCUCAAUCUCGCCGUGGUCUAGCAAGGCGACUGACAUCGCUGCACUUUGCAACCUGAAGACGCACAUCGAGAGGUUGGAGCGCGGCAUAGCCUACGUCGUGACCCUCAAAGACUCCAAGCCUCUCUCAUCCUCUGACCUCACCUCCUUCGGUCCAUGUAUACAUGACCGUAUGACCCAAAUCGCCCAACUUUCACUCCCCGCUGAAGCCGACAUUUUCCGUCAUCGCUCUCCCGCUCCCCUCGUCCAUGUCUCCCUGGACUCCUCCCCGAAAGACCGCCUCUCGCAAGCGAAUCAAGAGUUAGGACUCGCCCUCGCACCUGAUGAAAUCGACUACCUCGUCGCGGCAUACGGAGGAAUGUCCCGCGAUCCGACCGACGCCGAGCUCUUCAUGUUCGCGCAAGUCAACUCCGAACAUUGUCGUCACAAAAUCUUCAAUGCGUCCUGGACCCUCGACUCUAAAUCUCAACCUUCUUCCCUUUUCUCCAUGAUCCGUAACACAGAAAAACUCAACCCCAAGGGCACCAUAUCCGCCUACUCCGACAACGCCGCCGUUUUCGAGGGACACGUCGCUCCCCGUCUUACUACCACCAUCGCCGAGGGAGGCCUGAAGCUCUACGGGACGGUAGACGAAGAAAUGCCCAUUCUCAUCAAGGUAGAAACCCAUAACCACCCUACUGCCGUCUCUCCCUACCCCGGUGCCGCGACUGGCUCUGGCGGCGAAAUUCGCGACGAAGGUGCUGUUGGCCGGGGCUCGCAUCCCAAAGCCGGUCUCGCGGGCUUUUCAGUGUCGAACCUGAUGAUACCUGGAUACGAGCAGCCUUGGGAGGAGGAUUUUGGGAAGCCGGGACAUAUUGCGAGUGCGUUGGAUAUCAUGAAGGAUGCCCCGUUGGGAGGAAGCGCGUUUAAUAAUGAGUUUGGGAGGCCGGCGCUUGGGGGCUAUUUUAGGACUUUUUGUGAGAGGGUGGGCAAGGCCGAGGGAGGAGAAGGAGGUGAGGUUAGAGGGUAUCAUAAGCCGAUCAUGAUCGCAGGUGGGUUGGGUAAUGUUCGUCCUCAGUUUGCGCACAAAGAAAAGAUCACACCCGGAGCCAAGAUCAUCGUCCUCGGUGGUCCUGGGAUGCUCAUCGGUCUCGGAGGCGGUGCUGCGUCAUCUCGUGCGCUCGGAGGUGCGGGGUCUGCAGAGUUGGAUUUUGCGAGCGUGCAGAGGGAUAACGCGGAGAUGCAGAGACGGGCCCAGAUGGUCAUCGAUGCUUGCGUCGAUCUCGGGCCUUUGAACCCUAUCCAGUCUAUCCACGACGUCGGAGCUGGGGGUCUGAGCAACGCUCUGCCGGAAUUGGUGCAUGAUUCGGGGUUGGGAGCGAGGUUCGAGAUCAGGGAUGUUCCGGUGGCGGAUGGAGGGCUGAGUCCAAUGGAGAUUUGGUGCAAUGAGAGUCAGGAGAGGUAUGUCCUCGCAGUGGGGCCGGGUGAAGGAGGCGAAGAUGUGUUCAGGGCGAUAGCGGAGCGGGAGAGGGCGUUGUUCGGAGUCGUGGGUGAGGCGACAGAGGUAGAGGAGCUGGUCGUCACGGAUAGGCUACUCGGACAAGAUGUCAUUAACCUGAAGAUGUCGACUCUCUUCGGUAAACCGCCUCGUAUGGUUCGUAACGACGUUACUCGCAAACUCAAAACCGUCCCCUUCGAUACCUCCCUUUCCAAAUACAUUCCUUCCUCCUUGACUGGCGGGCUCACCGCAAUCCUCGAAGAAGCAACCCGUCGCGUCUUCAGCCUUCCCUCCGUCGCGUCCAAAUCCUUCCUCAUCACAAUCGGCGACCGCUCCAUCACCGGCCUCGUCACCAGGGACCAAAUGGUCGGAGCCUACCAGACCCCCGUCUCCGACGUAGCCGUAACGCGAUCCUCCUACUCCUUCACCCUCCCUUUCGGCGAAGCAAUGUCCAUGGGCGAACGUACACCCCUCGCACUCCUCUCCCCAGCCGCGAGCGCGCGCAUCGCCGUCUGCGAGAGUUUAACCAAUCUUGCGGCGGCCUAUAUCGGGAGUGGAGAGCUGGAGAGGGUCAAGUUGAGUGCGAAUUGGAUGUGUGCGGCGGGGGUGCAAGGGGAGGGAGUUGGGUUGUAUGAAGCUGUGAGGGCUGUGGGAGAGGAGUUGUGUCCUGCCUUGGGUGUCGGGAUCCCGGUAGGAAAAGACUCGAUGUCGAUGAGUAUGCGGUGGAUGAACGAGAAGGAUGGGAGCGACAGGAACGUGACGGCUCCAUUGUCGCUUAUUGUCACUGCAUUUGGGAGGGUUGCAGAUGUGAGGAAGACCUGGACGCCGGAGUUGAGGACGGAUGAAGAAGUUGGGGAGGAGACGGUGUUAGUAUUCUUUGAUUUGGCGGGUGGGAAGACGAGGUUGGGAGGAUCGGCGCUGGCGCAGGUGUUCAGGGAGAUUGGGGAGGAGGCGCCCGAUGUGGAGGAUGCGAAGGUAGUGAGGGCGUUCUUCGAGGGGACGCAGAGGGUGAGGGAGACGAAUCCAGAUUCAGUACUGGCAUACCACGAUCGCUCGGACGGAGGGUUGUUCACCACGCUCGCCGAGAUGGCGUUUGCGGGGAGGGUCGGGCUGAGGAUCAACCUGGACGCGUUGGGAGUGUCAGGUAAAGACCCUGUCGCAGCAUUGUUCACCGAGGAGUUGGGCGCGGUGGUGCAGGUCGCGAAGUCGAACGUGCAGUAUCUCCUCGCUGCGUUCUCUCGUGAAGGAUUCCCAUCUACCUCCGUUCAUGUCGUCGGAAGCGUCAACCCCUCCUCCGACCAGUCCAUCGACAUCAUCCACGGAGGCACCACUAUCUUCUCCUUUACCCGUUCUGCGCUUCAAGAAACCUGGGCAUCCACAUCAUACAAGAUGCAAUCCCUCCGAGACGAUCCCGCCUGUGCCACGGAAGAAUUCAACUUGAUCUCCUCUUCAUCGCCCACACUUCCAAAAGUCUCAUACGACCUUACGUUCCAGUACGAUCCUCUGCUCUCGAAGCCAUUGACGCGUCGUCCGAAGGUCGCGAUAUUGAGGGAACAGGGUGUCAACGGACACCAGGAGAUGGCCUGGGCGUUCCACGCAGCGGGGUUCGACGCUAUCGAUGUUCACAUGUCUGACAUGUUCCCCUCUGCCACUUCUUCCCGCGAACCUCUCAGUCUGCAAGGAUUCGCUGGUCUCGCGGCUUGCGGCGGGUUUUCUUACGGUGACGUCCUCGGCGCCGGCAAAGGCUGGGCCAACUCUGUCCUGCUGCACGAAGGCGCACGGAAAGAGUUCAAGGAUUUCUUCGAGAGGAAAGAUACGUUCGCUUUGGGCGUGUGUAACGGAUGCCAGUUCUUCAGCGGCUUGACGGAGUUGAUCGGGAACGGUGCUGGCGAGGACUCCGAGCCUGAGGCUCAGGGAGCUGGCUGGCCAGAGUACAAAGAGAACAGGAGUGGGAGGUUCGAGGCAAGGGUGACUAUGGUUCAGAUCACGGACAACGCCGUUACCCGCUCCUCGCCUUUCCUGCACGACAUGAUCGGCUCCCGAAUUCCCGUCGCUGUCGCACACGGUGAAGGCCGUGCAGUAUAUUCUGGCGGUGAACCCAGCCUCAGACGCGCCGAAUCCCAAGGCUUGCUUGCUCUGCAAUACGUCGACGGAGAAGGGAACGUCACGCAGACGUAUCCGCUCAACCCGAAUGGUUCGAUGGGUGCGGUGGCGGGUGUGCAGACGAGGGAUGGGAGGGUGUUGGCGUUGAUGCCGCAUCCGGAGAGGGUGGUUGCGUUGGCGAGCAAUUCGUGGGCGCCGAAGGGAAUGGAGGAGCAAUGGGAAGGGACGGGGCCUUGGUUUAGGUUGUUCCAGAAUGCGAGGAGGUGGUGUAAUUAG